GCCAGGCUGCAGUCAGAAUCCAGGCUGGUGCUGAGCACAGCACUGAGAGAACAGAGCAGGGAUGAAUGUCCAGGCACGGGGACUAUGUACCGAAACGUGUUACCCACUCUAAGGCUAAAUUCAUAAUACAAAUCCCAGAGUGCUCCUACACAGACAGGGGGAGCCGAAAUCAAUUGUUAAACACUGGGCUCCUUGCCUGCACUUUAUUACUUCAAGCACAGCAAGUGAAAGACUCCUUGUAACAUUAGCAUAGCAACCAAUUGCACCAUGGCUCUCCAUGCUGGAUACCCUUCCUGGAUUACACUCAUAAGCAUGGGGCUCUUUUGUUUUGCACACACCGGGGAAGCACAAUCAGCAAAAGAGGUUAUAUUGCUGGAUUCCAAAGCACAACAGACAGAACUGGAAUGGAUAUCUUCACCUUCCGGUGGGUGGGAAGAAAUCAGUGGAUUGGAUGAAAAUUAUACACCAAUUAGAACUUAUCAGGUAUGUCAAGUCUUGGAGCCCAACCAGAACAACUGGCUGAGGACUAACUGGAUUUCUAAAGGAAACGCACAGAGGAUUUUUGUUGAACUAAAGUUCACAUUAAGGGAUUGCAAUAGUCUUCCUGGAGUAUUGGGAACUUGUAAGGAAACCUUUAAUUUGUAUUAUUACGAAACAGAUUACAAUACUGGCAGAAACUUGAGAGAAAAUCAAUAUGUGAAAAUAGACACAAUUGCUGCAGAUGAAAGUUUUACCCAAGGAGAUCUUGGGGAAAGAAAAAUGAAACUUAACACAGAGGUUCGGGAGAUUGGACCUCUUUCCAAGAAAGGAUUUUACCUGGCAUUUCAGGACCUUGGGGCCUGCAUUGCUCUUGUUUCUGUCAAAGUCUACUACAAAAAAUGCUGGUCCAUAAUUGAGAAUUUGGCUAUAUUUCCUGACACAGUUACUGGUUCAGAAUUUUCCUCUUUAGUUGAAGUAAGAGGAACUUGUGUAAGCAAUGCGGAGGAAGAAGCAGAUAAUUCUCCUAGAAUGCAUUGCAGUGCUGAAGGAGAAUGGUUGGUUCCUAUUGGAAAGUGCAUAUGCCAAGCUGGAUACCAGCAAAAAGGAGACACCUGUGAACCGUGUGGUCGAGGCUUCUACAAAUCAUCAUCUCAAGAUUUACAGUGUUCGCGAUGCCCUGCACACAGUUUCUCAGACAAGGAAGGCUCAUCCCGUUGUGACUGUGAAGAUGGCUAUAACAGAGCUUUUUCAGAUCCAUCAUAUAUUGCUUGCACAAGACCACCAUCAGCACCACAGAAUCUAAUUUACAACAUCAACCAGACAACAGUAAGCCUUGAAUGGAGUCCUCCAGCAGACAACGGGGGAAGAAAUGAUGUCACUUAUCGGGUUGUUUGCAAGCGCUGCAGCUGGGAGCAAGGAGAGUGUAUACCUUGUGCAAAUACUAUUGGAUAUGUGCCCCAGCAAAGUGGAUUAAUAGAUACUUACAUCAGCAUUGUGGACCUUGUUGCUCAUGCCAACUAUACUUUUGAAGUAGAAGCUGUGAAUGGAGUUUCCGACAUGAGCCGUUCCCAAAGGCUUUUUGCUGCAGUCAGCGUGACAACUGGUCAGGCAGUCUAUAAAGAAGGACUCAGCAGAAGCAUGCAGUAUGGGAACCACCCCUCAUUUGUAGAAAUGCAAAUAUCCGGAGAAGCUCCUUCACAAGUUAGUGGAGUAAUGAAGGAAAGAGUAUUACAGCGCAUUGUUGAUUUGUCCUGGCAGGAGCCUGACCAUCCCAAUGGUGUCAUUACAGAAUAUGAAAUCAAAUAUUAUGAGAAAGACCAGAGAGAACGCACAUACUCAACAUUGAAAACAAAAUCUACUUCAGUUUCGAUUAACAAUCUUCGACCAGGGACUCCAUAUAUUUUUCAAAUCCGUGCUUUUACCGCUGCUGGUUAUGGAAUGUAUAGCCCAAGACUUGAUGUCACAACCAUUGAGGAGGCUACAGCAACUGCUGUGUCUACUGAACAAAAUCCUGUGAUCAUCAUAGCUGUGGUUGCAGUAGCAGGAACGAUCAUUUUAGUCUUUAUGGUAUUUGGCUUUAUCAUUGGAAGAAGGCACUGUGGCUACAGCAAAGCUGACCAAGAAGGGGAUGAAGAACUUUACUUUCAUUUUAAAUUUCCAGGCACCAAAACCUACAUUGACCCUGAAACGUACGAGGAUCCAAACAGAGCUGUCCAUCAGUUUGCCAAGGAACUAGAUGCAUCUUGUAUUAAAAUUGAGCGUGUGAUUGGGUCAGGAGAAUUUGGUGAAGUAUGCAGUGGUCGACUGAAGCUUCCUGGAAAAAGAGAUGUACCGGUUGCCAUAAAAACACUUAAAGUUGGUUAUACGGAAAAGCAAAGAAGAGACUUCCUAUGUGAAGCCAGCAUAAUGGGACAGUUUGACCACCCAAAUGUUGUACAUUUAGAGGGUGUGGUUACCCGGGGGAAACCCGUCAUGAUUGUAAUAGAGUUCAUGGAGAACGGAGCACUUGAUGCAUUUUUAAGAAAAUGUUUGGAAUGGUUUACUUCACCUCCAAAAUCUAAACGCUCAGGAUCUACUCAGACAAUGCCAUUUGUAAAAGUCCAAACACUAAAUACUCCAGGAACAAAUGCACAGAAACAAGAUGGACAGUUCACAGCAAUUCAGCUCGUUGGAAUCCUUAGAGGUAUUGCAGCAGGGAUGAGAUAUUUGGCAGAUAUGGGAUAUGUACACAGAGAUCUUGCAGCACGAAACAUUCUUGUGAACAGUAAUCUGGUAUGCAAGGUUUCAGACUUCGGCUUGUCUAGAAUUAUAGAGGAUGACCCAGAUGCAGUUUAUACAACAACCGGGGGAAAGAUUCCUGUAAGAUGGACAGCACCAGAGGCCAUCCAGUAUCGCAAAUUCACAUCUUCUAGUGACGCGUGGAGUUAUGGAAUUGUGAUGUGGGAAGUAAUGUCCUAUGGAGAAAGGCCUUAUUGGGAUAUGUCAAACCAGGAUGUUAUUAAAGCCAUCGAAGAAGGUUAUCGAUUGCCAGCACCAAUGGAUUGUCCUGCUGGUCUUCAUCAACUAAUGUUAGACUGCUGGCAAAAAGAACGCGGUGAAAGGCCUAAGUUUGAGCAAAUUGUUGGUAUUUUGGAUAAAAUGAUACGGAACCCUAAUAGCCUAAAGACUCCUAUGGGGACCUGCAAUAGACCUUCCAGCCCUCUUCUGGAUCAGAAUACCCUGGAUUUUAAUUCAUUUUGCUCUGUGGGAGAAUGGUUAGAAGCAAUCAAGAUGGAGAGAUACAAAGAGAAUUUCAGCUCAUCAGGUUACAAUUCCCUUGAGGCUGUCGCCAGGAUGUCCAUUGAUGAUGUCAGCAGCUUAGGAAUUACAUUGGUUGGACACCAGAAGAAAAUACUGAACAGUAUUCAGACUAUGAGAGCACAAAUGUUUCAGUUACAUGGAACGGGCAUUCAAGUGUGAUAGACAGGCCUCCCUUGAUAGGGAGGUAAGACUAUGAGACAACAGCACUGGCCUUCAUCUCACUACACAAGAACUGCUGCUAGACUUUACUCAAUUUCCUGAGUCUUCUUUACUAUGGCUUUCUACAGUACAAAUCAACUAGAUCCUCAAGCACCUGUAGACUUGAACUCCCAAGUGCCACAAGAUAUAACCUGAAAGUGAACUGGAUCAUCCUGGUGUGGCAAUGAAGACAGCAGUAAAACAUUAUACUACCUGAGCUCUCUAACCUCCUUUUUACCCAAAAUGACUUUUUCAAUUGUACUGUACAUAAAGAAUUUUAAAAAGAGUAUAUUUGUUGGAGAAAAUCAUGAGACUAUUGGUAAAUGCAGCAAAAUUAUUUGAUCUGUGGUUUAUGAUCUCUCUCUCUUUUUUUAUUUUUCUUGUGUUAGUCACUUAAUGUUCCAAUUUUCAGUGUAAUAACGUUUCAUUUCCCGAAAACUGGUAAACAGUUAAUAGCAUGGCUGAAGAAAUAUAUAAAAUCUGUUAGCAUUGAUUCAUCUGACUGCACAAUCCUUUAGACAUUAGCAAAUCACUUGCAAGUAUAUGAAACUUCUGCAGUUUAUAACUUGUAUGUUUUUUCUCCUGUUGUUUUCUAGAGAUGUGCUGAAUUUAAAGCAAUAACCGGAUUUGUGUGAAGUUUUCUCACACCCUAAAUGCAGAAUGUGUGUCAGAAACAACACUUUUCAUGAAUAAAAAGUGAGAGUUGAUGCAAUUCUCAGAAUGAGCAGGGUCUUCUGAACUAGGUACAAUAUCACAAAAUAAUACUGAAUGAUAUUACACUGUCCCUAUGAUAUUUCAGUUCAACACACAACACAGUUAUCUGGCAUAUAACAAACCUUUGACUGUCAGAAAUAAUUGCUAUUAACAUUAUAGUUGACAAGCAAUCAGAUUUGAAAGAAAUAGCCAAAGUAUAUUUUGUAUGAGAUGUUAUAAAAUGCAAUCAUAUACGAUUGUGUGCGUCCGCUUUUAUAUUAGCACUAUGUAUCAGGGUUAAAAGGGUAGCCAUUUUGUUUUCCGUCAGAGAGUAAUACAUCUCAUUGGACACACAGGAAUAUCUGCCUCUUGUAUUUGUGUCCUUAAAUUGUGAGAAACUGAAGUUUUAUUAAUUUUUUUGUCAGAAGCAAUAAUAAAUUGUCUUUCUAGAUAUUCCCUUUGUGUAUAUCUUUAGAAUAAGAGGUAUUUGUAAAAUAGGUUUAGACCAUCAGUUACCCUUUAUGUGGAAUUGUUUACUUCCAAGCGGAAUAGGGUUGUUUUAAAGAAAGAUCCCAGGGAUCUGUCAGAAUCCGGUCUUCUUUGAUAAUGUGGGCAUCCACAUCUAUUGUAAAUGUUUCCUUGUAAAGUUUGUAAAUUUAUUUAUACUGUCUUGUUUUGUACACGCAUUUCUCUGUAGUGAGCUCUGAAUACAAUGCACUAUAUUUUUCUAUUUUACUCGCAGAUGAUCACAAAACAGGUAUUUCAGUGCUUCAUAUGUAUUUUAUCACAUAGGACCAAAGAUGGCUGCAUAAUGGAGAUUAUUUUCUGCUUGUUUUCAUUUCUGUUCAUUUCAAUCCCUGUAAAUAGUUACUUUGCCUUUUGUUUUUUAAUUUAUUUUAACUAGUAGAAAACAAUCAUUUAAAUAAUGUUUCCUUUUGAAGAAAACGCAGAAAAAAAUGCAUUUACAAAUACUCCCAUGUCAUAGACACUACCAUUUGUAAUCUUUGUACUAGACUGUAAAUAUAUUUUUGGAACUAUAA